GGCUGCGACCCUCGAGGACCAGGAUUGCCCACCCCUGCUUUAGACCCUCCCAACUUCAAGUCCCAGAUUAUAGAUUUAGUCCUUUCUGGUCGGAGACUUUAUGAGGCGGAGCUGACGUUCUUAAAAACGAAGAAAAAAAAAAAACCCCAGGGGAAAUUCAAGUCGCUUUUAGUAACUUAGUCCGUCACCUGUGAGAGACGACGGGUAGGUGAAGCGACGGGGGCGGCAUGCCGGAGACCCGAGAUGACGAACCGGGUCAUUAGAAACCGAGCGGAACCAGCCUGUUGGACGAUGGAAGAAGAAGAACUUUGACACGAUCCUCCGUCUGCUUCAGGGCUUUAAGAAGAUGAAGAAACGUUUGGUCCCCGUUUUGUUGCUCUUCUCUGCCGCUCUGUGUCCGCUGCUGGUGGACAGCAAUCAAGCCACGUGCGAGAUGGUGAAUUCAACUGGUUUUACUGAGGAUCAGUGUCCCAUAAAAAUGACCCCUGUCCAAACUCGACACACCAAGGAAGGAUACUCUCAGUGCAUCAGUGUUAGUGUCUGGAUGAAAGCUGGAGACUUCCCUUCAAAAAAGUCCCGGAAGGUUGAAGUGGGAUUCCUCUCAAAUGAGAUGAUCUUCAGACCUAUCCAGAGAGGACAUUCAAACCAAACACAGAUUUACAAUCAAGACAAAGCCAGAUGUCAGGGACUUUCCAAGCAUCCAUAUGCCUUAGUGAAAUAUAAUUGUAUCGAGGCUGAAGCUAAAACGACUGUUUCUGUGUCGUACGACACAAAAUGCAGCAUGUCUUAUACAGUAGCAGACCCUCCGCUCGAGUUCAGCUUUUCCGUGAACAUGUCGUCUAAAACGGUCUCCAUCUCUUUUGAUUCUGACAAAGAAGUCCAUGUCAGAAUCUGUGAGGAACAAACUCGUAUAUUGUGUCAAGGGUCGGGGCCGCGCCUGUUAUCGAUCAAGUCAGCUGUCCUGAACAUGCCUCACAUCCUUCCUUGUACCUGUAUAGAGGUGUAUUACACCUACCGAGAUGCAAAAAGAUAUAAAAAGUGCCCGUUUCAAAAUGAAGCCAUCCCAGAUGUCACAGAUGUUUGGAAGACGUCUGAUGGGAAGCUGUACAAGUCGCACAUCGAGUUUAGCUUCAGGUGUCCUGCCCGCGGUCUGAACAUCUCUGCCUCCCUCUGCUGGAAGCAACACGAGCAUCUCUGCAUCCCCGUGCUCAACUCCACGCUGGAGAAAAAAGAAGGAGGCAUCCUGGAAUUCAACACGCAGAACGUGGACAAACAUCCUCAGAUGUGUGUGCAGUCUUCUCUACAAGGGAGCCUCAACAUUACUUGCCUUUUCGGAGACGAAAAACCAUUUUGGAGAACUUCUACUGAAGCAGGAAGACAGAGCAUUGUGGUGCUUCUUACCUCCACUGUGCCAGCAAACUUCUCAGCCCAACUUUGUGUCCUUACAGAGAGGGAUUGCACGCCUAGGGGAGAAAUUCACUCGCUAACAAUGACCGAAAACACAGCUGAUAAGAGGAUAUACGUGCCUGUUCAAGGCAUCACAGAGAAGCUUUGUGUACAGGUGUGGCAGUCAGGCCCCGCUCUUAAAGGAAGACGGAUUUUGUGCCAGGACUACACACACAGCAGGUGGGGUCUAUAUGUGGCAGUGGUUUUGAUAUUUGCAGUCUUGGCUGCAUUCUUCGGACAUUUCCUCCACCGCACCACCAAGAGUGGAACUGCAGGUUUACUGACGAUUCGAAGGCCGUUGUUGCUGGUGUGCUCAUCGGAUCAGCCGACACACAUCUCCGCUCUUUGCGCUUUGGCCUCCAUACUUCAGGGUAAGCUGGGUGCCACGGUGCAUGCAGCUCUGUGGCAGCAGAACUCCCAAAGGCGGACUGGGAGCGGGGCUGGGGUGGCAGAUCUGGGGCCCAUCCCCUGGCUGUAUGGGCAGUGGGAAGCCACCUGCAAAGCACAGGGGAAAGUGCUGAUUUUUUGGAGUCCCGAAGCCAAGAGGAGCUAUGAGAGGUGGAAGGUGAAAAAGGCGAACGCUGAUAAAAAGGAAGCAAAUGCGAGCCACGAGAACGUUGGAGAAGAGGAUUUGAAACUGUUUGGAAAAUGGAAAAAAGAGAAAAAAUGUUUCACCGAAUUGUUGGAGGAUAAAGACUGGUGCUCGCAGAAGGGGCCGUCGACGGUAACAGAGCCGGUGUUCAUGGCUGCUCUGGCCUCUUUGAAAAGAGCGCUGCAGGAGGGGAAAGGUAAAGACGUCGCCAUCGUCUACUUCCAAGGCCUUUGCCACAGCAAGGACAUACCAAAGGCCUUCAGAGAGGUCCCUCGCUACUGUUUACCCCGCGAUUUUAGUGAUUUAAUACAGGAGCUGGCGGAGGUGAGAGGAGGGGCAGAAGGCGGCGAGUUUAGCAGGAGCUGUGGGCACAGACUCCUCUCUAAAGUCAAAUCUGUGUGGCUGGCACGUCAGCUGGCUCAGAGGCUGCAGACAGUCCUACAUCAAGCCCAGCGCCACGAGGCUACGAGUGACCCAUCAUCAACAGAAAUGACAUCAGACUGGGUGCAGAGCCAGCUCACAAUGCCAAGAAGCGAACAGGAGCGGGAGCUUCUGUAAGAGGUCACCAUGGAGAAUGGGGAAGCUUUCUCCUCUUGUUUCACACACCAGCAGUUCAGUUGGAAAUGUGAUCCUCGAUACUCGGGAGCGGGUGCGCGUCGCCGCCUAAAACUAUUCGUUACUUGCCCCCACUUGUUUUUGCAUAUCAAGGACAGGUAAACACAGUCUGCUCAUGUGCUUUCAACCUCAAACAGAAGCUUCUAUUAUUCUGCCUUUCGUGACUGGAGCCAAAGCAAACACCUGUCUAAUCUGCGUAAAUAUGCUACCCACUAUGGAAAUCUACUUGCAAAUUAUUACCUCACUGUCUUCAUGCAGCUCAUUUGAUGUUUUCAAAAAGUGUUAGCAUCACAGGUGGCAAAUUGUGUGAGUGCUGUCCACAGAAAGGCACUAUUUGCAUAGGACUUCCUAAACAUAGAUGAGUCAAAACAAGAUUUCACGUGUUAGAGUCCAGCACACGAAAACACGCCAGAAAUUUUUGUGUUACAUGACCUCGAGUUAGGUCAAUGUGUCUGUAGCCCCUUUUACAGAAUAUUUUACUACCUCCUGUUUGUAAAUAGAAGGUAAAGAUUUAAAGUACGCCUCAUUUUGCAAAGACAAAAAACAUAACGCCAGUAUUGUUCCAACAUUUCCAAGUUAACCGUUACCUCAGUAAUCUUAGAGCAUUAGAGCAAGACGAACGUGACUGAGGUGGUACAUCCCCCACAUCUGUCCCAUUUUUUUUACUAAAGAGAUCCAUCCAGGUUUAACGGAAAUCUUUAUGCAAAGCAACCUUUAACUGUUAGCUUGGAUUUUGUCAGGAUCUGAGGAAACAUUUGCUCUGCUCUGAAUGACAUUUUAUUGCCAAGCACUGUCAGCAUUAUAAAAAUGUGAAUGCAGGGUCAUAAAAAUCCUUUUUAAUACAAAUUUUAAUACAUAAAUGUUUUUAAUAAAAUGAUAUUUGCAUGUGUCCAA